AUGCGCAUCGCGUUGGUGGGCUGCGGCCAUGGCGAGCUCGACUCGAUCUACGCAUCCGUGGCGCAGAUCGAGGCGGUUCACCAGACCACCGUCGACCUCCUCCUCAUUUGCGGCGACUUCCAGGUGCUGCGAUGGCCUCGCACUCCCAUCGCGGCCGCCGUCGCCGCCUGCGCCUGUGCCGCGACGACGCCUGCACGUCUCUACUACGGCGGCUGGGUCGCGCCCAACAUCUACUUCCUCGGGUACGCGGGCGUGGUGUCGGUGGGAGGCGUCCGCAUCGGAGGGCUGAGCGGCAUCUACAACGGGCGCCACUACCACACCGGCCACUGCGAGGCGCCUCCCUACUCCGACUCGGACAUGCGGUCCGCGUACCACGUGCUCCGGCUGCUCCAGCUCCGCCAGCCGAUGGACGUCUUCCUCUCGCACGACUGGCCCGCCCACAUCGCCACGAUGGGCGACACAAACGCGCUGCUCCGCAAAAAGUCCUUUCUGCGCGACGAGGCGGUCGUGCCGGGGCCUCCCUCCCAAGCUGCUCGGACCCUUCCUGCAGGCGAGCAGCUGCUCAAGCACCUCAAGCCCGACUACUGGUUCGCGGCGCACCUGCACGUCAAGUUCGCGGCGGUGGUGCAGCACGCCGCCGGAGCGAGCGCCACUCGCUUCCUCUCCCUCGACAAGUGCCUCCCGCAGCGCGACUUUAUGCAGGCCUCGCACCGACCCCCUGAACCCCGACCCCUCUCGCCCUCGCACCUCUCGCCCUCGCCCCCCCAACCCUGUGCCCCCGGGCUGCUCAGCGCCCGCCGCCGCCCUCCGCAGCUGAUCACCGUCGAUGGCGACGGCUCGCCCCCCGUGCUGCGCUACGACGCCGAGUGGAUCGCGGUCCUCCGCUCGACGGCGAGAUCUCGCCGAGACCUCGCCGAGAUGUCGCCUCCUCGUGAUUGCGUGUCCCUUUGCGACAGGCGCACCUCUUCUCGAACCGGCGCGGCCGCGUGCCUCUCGACCCGCAGGCGGCCUCAUUCCUGUCAGAUUCUCUCGCCAUGGCACUGCUACAGAUCACCGCGUGCCUCUCGACCCGCAGGCGGUCGGUAG